AUGACCGCUCGUUUGUUGUUGGUCAUUGGUGACCUAUUUAUACCCGAUAGAGCUCCGGAUUUACCUGCUAAAUUCAAAAAGCUCCUUACUCCAGGUAAAAUUGGUCAAACCCUCUGCCUCGGCAAUCUAACAGACCGCGACACCUUUGAAUUCCUGCGCCACAUCACCCCCGACCUACAGCUCGUCAAAGGUGACUUUGACGUUGAUUCGCCCAAUCUUCCCCUGUCCAAGGUCGUCACGCACGGCUCGCUACGCAUUGGCUUUACGCAUGGCCACUCAAUCGUGCCGCCAGGGGGCGACCCGGACGCUCUGCUAAUUGCUGCAAGACAGAUGGAUGUGGAUGUGUUACUGUGGGGAGGUGGCAAGCACGGGUUCGACGCAUUUGAAGCAGAGGGUAAGUUCUUUGUGAAUCCGGGGAGCGCGACGGGCGCGUUUUCAACAAUGCUGAGCGAUGGGACGGAGGAGGCGGUGCCGAGUUUCUGCUUGAUGGAUGUACAAGGCGAUGUGCUGGUGCUAUAUGUCUACCAGUUACGAACUGAUGAUCAGGGCACAGAAACGGUGUCUGUGGAGAAGAUGUCGUAUCGGAAAAUGAGUACUCAGGCAGCUUAG